AUGGAGGGUGUGAGGGUUGUGUGUGGUGUGUUUGUGGCAUUGCUGCUUGUUUCAAACGCGGUUGCGAGUUUUAACCCACGGUAUGAGGAGUUCUCCCAUGCCGUUGCUCUGGACCGGACCCUUAAAGACAUCCCCCACCGUCUUCUGUGCCACGAGCUGUGUCUUAAAGACGCCUCCUGCGCCUCCUUCCAGUACAACCUAACGUCUGGGUCCUGCCGGGUGAGCAGCUCGCCGGACGGGCUAGAAGACCGUCCCGAUGACGACGUAGACGACUCCCUACACCAUCUACCGCUUGACGGCCUUCUACCUGCGGCGCCGAAAUCCGAGUCUGCCUGCUCCUCCACGCCCGCCGCCUGCGUUCCCGGCCAAGUGUGCGGCGACUCGUGCAGCCAUGACGGCACCACAAACUGUACCUGCCGGUCUGGUACAUGGGACAGGCAGGGAUGCACUCAUGUCGACGUGGGUACGUGGGGAGAGUGGGGCCCGUGGGGAGACUGCUCGGUGAGUUGUGGAGGCGGUACCAAGACCCGGACCCGCCCGUGCGAGGACCAGUACGGUGGGACCAGCUGUGUCGGCACGGACAAGGACGUCAAACUGUGCAAGAAGAAGAAAUGCCCAGAAUGGACGGAGUGGAGCGACUGGACCAAGUGUACCCGGUGCGGCCGGUCCCGUACCCGGACCCGCACCUGUCCCGUACCGGGACACUGUCCAGGGAAAGGCAAGGAGAAAACAGCCUGUAGGACCAGCCGAGAGUGCUCAACUCUCGUUCGGCUGCAAAGGGGCAAGUUCGUGACAGACGGGUGGGUGGAGGUUUGGGACCAGCUGAACGGCUACUGGAGGCCGCUGUGUGGGGAGUGGAACCAACAGAACGGCAGGGUGGCCUGCCGCCAUCUUGGAUUUAAGGACGUGGAGGUCAAUACGGCGCAUGGUGUAAUGAACCUGGGCUGCUUUACUGACGACCCGGGUGACAGGAGCCCAGCUGACAUCUGGAACACGACUCUGAACGGACCUGCCAUGACGUCAUCAUCUCCUCAGGACUGCCUCGCCUUCUGUCGUCUGCGGGGGUUCAAAUAUGUCGCCAUUAGGAGUGGCAAUGUGUGCCAGUGCGGGAGAGGGUACGCCAGGAAUGGGGAACUAGAUUUACCGGUCUGUAGCCUUCCCUGCGCCGGGGAUCACAGCAGGGCCUGCGGCAGUCCGGAGUCUACACAACUAAACAGCGUCUACACAUACGCACUACUGGGCAACACACAGUACAUGCCGAUGGACGAGGUACACGAGGAGAGCGGGCGGACUCAGAUCGUGGGGAAGCCGUCAGCACAGGCGUUCGGCGGGGCCGGGCUGACGGACGGGGUGGUCGGGCAGGCUCUGCUGCUCAACGGGGAGAACCAGUGGGCAAAAACGGACCUACUGGACGGAACGUGUCUGGGGAGUAGCAGCAACUGCCCGCAGGGUUUCACGCUGGGGAUGUGGAUCCGUCUGGAGGAGCGGCCUGAGGGAACCGACCGGUACUACCUGUCCACAGGCGGGCACACACGGGACUCUUACGGCUUUAACUUCUACUACGACCUGACAGAAGGGCCCUCUUUCUGGGUUAGCCAGAACUACAGCACGGACUGGUGCACGACUCGCUUCGAGAUGGACAUCCACGUCUGGAUCUACCUGACGUUCACCUGGAGCCCUCCGUGUGACGUCACCAUCCACGUCAACAGCACGAAGGUCCAGCACAGGUUCUCCGCCAUGAGGCUACAGAAAAUCGAGAAGGACCGGUACACAGCCCUGGCGAUCGCCGCUCCCAACAACAAGGCGUCAGUCUCCGGCAUCACCGGGUUUUUCCUGCUGGACGAACUCCGCUUCUGGGACAGGAAACUCUCCGGCAGGGAGAUACACGAGGUCAUGAUGUAUGACCUGAGGAUGUCAGGUGAUCACUACCACCCUCCGCCGGGGUCAAAGGUCAUGAAGGGCAAGUACAAGUGCACCGGAGAGGAGCCGCUACUGGGCAUGUGCGAACACGAGGAGGACUCCUCAUUGGCUGACGAGCUGUGUGACACAAGCAACCUGGCCUUCGUGCGCUGCGUUCCUAACAGCUGGCUGGCCGGGUGGCUGGACUGGGACUACUGUGAUGAGGACGGGAAGAUGCGCCGGACCCGGAAGUGUUACAGCCCGUCCCCUCACUACCAGGGGGACUGCUCGGACAGCCCCGGGCCUUGGGAGGAGGUCAGGGACUGCGACUAUUAG